AUGCCCCCAGGGGCAAAACAAGAUAUGCCCCCAGGUGCAGAAAGAGAUAUGCCCCCAGGGGCAGAACAGAGAUAUGCCCCCAGGUGCAGAACAGAGAUAUGCCCCCAGGGGCAAAACAAGAUAUGCCCCCAGGUGCAGAACAGAGAUAUGCCCCCAGGGGCAGAACUGAUCAUCUACCCCCAGGUGCAGAACAGAGAUAUGCCCCCAGGGGCAGAACUGAUCAUCUGCCCCCAGGUGCAGAACAGAGAUAUGCCCCCAGGUGCAGAACAAGAUAUGCCCCCAGGACAAAACAGAGAUAUGCAUAGUUACCUUAUUAUGAGGAGUCUGUUUGCUACGCGCGCGUGCGUCCAGCCCACGGAAAGCUCCCUAAGAGGAAGACAGGAAGAAGAAGAAGAGGAAGAUAGGAAGAAGAAGAAGAGGAAGAAGGACGCGACCAGAACAAUAAGGACGCGACCAGAACAAUACGGUCGACAACAGGCUGUCAAUAGACCGAAUAGCGUCGCAAAAAGCAAUACCUUGCCUAACGCGUUUGGAGAGGAUGUACCGUAUAGCCAUAAGAUGCGUUAUAUUCUCCUUGCUAGUAGCAGGCAAACCGACACUAAUAAAGAUAAGCAUAAUGACGGAAGAGGGGGGAUGAGAAGUUGGCUAUAUGGUGGUAAGGGGAGAGUGGUUAUCAACAUGGGGAGGCAGAGCAGGGGCCCAGCAGUCAAAGAGAGCAGCGUCAAAGGAGGCAUAUCGCAGCAGGCACACCACCACACUAGAUGA